CGUCAUCACGAAACUGUUGGUGGGCAGGCAGGAAAGAAAGGAGGUCUUCCGUUCCGGCAUAAUAGUCGUGCGAGUUGGCAGCCACGAGAGCUUAUUGUCGCGACCAUUUUAUCUCCUAUACCUUGAUAAACUUCGAAACGGCAACACCUCUUUACUCCAAAGUUUUCUUUUUAACCGUUUCCCUUCCCCUGGACCCCUCUGAGCCCCUAGCACCCAAAUUGAAAGGAAUCAAACCGUCAACUUGUCAUAUAUAUUGUCACCGUUAAAAGGAUCCUCCUUCUACGAUUUGUAUAAGAAAAAAAAGGAGAAGAAGAAGAAGAAGAAGAAAAAGAAAGUAAGGGGAAACAAAAUUUCAAACGUCAUUUUUAAGAAUUAUUCCGUGCAACAAAGAGAAACGUCAAGAUGAAUGAAGAAUACGACGCGAUUGUUCUUGGGACCGGCUUAAAAGAAUGCAUCCUAUCGGGUAUGUUAUCGGUUAGUGGAAAAAAGGUACUCCACGUAGACCGCAACAAGUAUUAUGGUGGUGAAUCGGCCUCCAUAACACCAUUGGAAGAUCUAUUCGCCAAAUUCAAAGCUCCACCACCAGAUGAAAGUUAUGGACGUGGUAGAGAUUGGAAUGUUGAUCUUAUACCUAAAUUCUUGAUGGCCAACGGUCUCCUUGUGAAGCUAUUGAUUCAUACCGGUGUGACACGUUAUUUGGAAUUUAAAUCGGUAGAAGGAUCUUAUGUGUAUAAAUCAGGAAAGAUCUCUAAGGUACCAAUCGAUCAGCAAGAAGCUUUGUCCAGCGAUCUGAUGGGUAUCUUUGAGAAAAGACGUUUCCGGAACUUUCUUGUAUGGGUGCAAAAUAUGAAGGAGGAUGAUCCUAAAACUUGGGAAGGAUUUGAUCCCUUUAAUAAUAAUAUGAGCGCACUUUACAAUAAAUUUAACCUUGAUAAAAAUACUCAAGAUUUUACGGGUCAUGCAUUAGCUUUAUACAGGGACGACGAUUACAUAAGUCAAAGUGCGAUAACAACCAUAAGGAGAAUCAAAUUGUAUAGCGAUAGUUUAGCACGCUAUGGCAAAUCUCCAUAUUUGUAUCCUAUGUAUGGCCUCGGUGAACUACCUCAAGGUUUUGCUCGACUUAGCGCCAUUUACGGGGGUACGUAUAUGUUGGAUAAACCAAUUGAUGAAAUCGUCAUGAAGGACGGUAAGGUCGCUGGUGUACGUUCUGGAGACGAAGUAGCUCAAUGUAAACAAGUAUUUUGUGAUCCUACCUAUGUACCUGAUCGCGUGAAGAAAGUUGGCCAAGUUAUAAGAUGUAUUUGCCUUUUGGAUCAUCCGAUACCAAGUACCGGCGAUGCCCUUUCAACGCAGAUUAUCAUUCCGCAGAAACAGGUGAAUCGUAACUCUGACAUCUACGUUUCUUUGGUAUCGCAUACUCAUCAAGUAGCCGCAAAAGGAUGGUUCAUAGCUAUGGUGUCUACCACUGUAGAAACUAAAAAUCCCGAACAAGAGAUACAACCAGGAUUAGAUUUACUUGGCCCGAUAAGACAAAAAUUUGUUUCCAUAUCAGAUUACAUGGAAACAACCGACGAUGGCUGCGAAAGUCAAAUUUUUAUUUCUAGGAGUUACGAUGCUACAACGCAUUUUGAAACUACCUGCUUAGACGUACUAGAUAUAUUCAAACGCGCAACCGGCGAGGAAUUUGAUUUCAACAAAGUUAAACAAGAAUUAGGCGACGAGGAUCAGUAACCGUAACAAUGCGCGUUGUGAUGAUUUUGUCCAUUACUCGAGAAACAAAAUUCAACUAUCAAAGUCUAAGUAAUUUAAUCGGACAUUUAUCUUACCGACUGUGUCGGUCGUCGAGGUCUUAAAGCAAAUACAUACUGAGCAUGUAAUAUUGCGAUAAGACAAACCCCGUUUAUAUAAUUCAUUUACUAUUCUCUUUGACAGAGAACGAAAAGAGAAUUUAUUUUUUUUCUCUGUCUCUUAAUCGGAACUUCGUCAUCCAACAUUAUUAUGUUGAUCCCUUACUUACAAUUAAUCUAAAACGAAACUAAGCAAACUUUCAUUUAUAUACGAGACAUUGAAUUUAUUUUUUUUUUUUUUUUUUUUUUUUAAACCUCUUCCGAUCAUCCAAUGAAAUAAUAGAUUAAUAAAUCUAUUUCGCAUAUAUAUUUGAAUGAAACACGGGCCAUGCCAACAGUAGCAGCAAAACAUAUUAUUAUUGUCAAUAUAUGCAUGAAUUUUUAAGAAUGGCAUAGAAGAAGACAACAGUUUUACGAAUACAGAUUGUGUAAUAUUUUAAUUACUGAAAUAAAUAGAACAAAAUGAGGCUGAAGUAGGAGAGACCAUAAUAAUUAUUGUUGCAAUGUCAUCGAUUAAAAAAAAAAAACAGACACGAGAUAUAUAUUAUAUAUAUAUAUAUUAAGGAGUAAGACGAGAGACACAAUAUAGCGAAUUAAAUGAAAGAAAUUUAAAUAGCAUGUUUCAGUUUAGCUUUAGAGGAGAAUAUAUUAUUCCUAUGCAUAUAGAGAUAAUAAUAAUUCUUGAAAGUGGAUGUAAGCUAAGAAGAAAUUAAAAUGACAUCGAGUAAUAUAGGAUAGAGUCGAUAUUCUCUAUAAAAAAAAAAAAAAAAAUGGAAUAGUGCAAGAGCGAUCGAGUAUGUUUUAUCAUGGAUAAUAAUAUAUGUAAAGAUGAAAUCGAAUCGUUGAAAAAUUGUUAUUUUAUGUGAGCUUGCGAAUGUGAAUAUUCCUUUGCAUAUCCCUUGAAUGUAUCAGAAAUAUCUAUCGUUAUUUGAUAAGGUUUGCGAAAAAAAAAAAAGAAAAAGAA